AUGUAUGUAUUUGCUAUACCUGGACUAACAAUAUUUGGAUUAUUAAUUCCUUUAUUUUUUUUUUUUCUUCUCCUUAACAAAAAAGGCAAACUUGCAAUUAUAAAAGUUAGAAGGCAUAUUUGUUAUUUAUUUAAUGAAUACAAUCAAGAAAGUUUCUUUUGGGAAUAAAUCAAAUUUUUAAAAAAGACAAGUAUCAUCCUUGUUUUGACAUUUUUUGAAUCUAAUAUACUAUUUAAAGCAUCUUUAUUGGGAUUAUGUUUAUUAGUUUAUUAAUUAUUGGCAGGAAAACAGUAACCAUACAUAAUAUCAAGUUUAAAUAACCUGGAUCUUUAAACAGGUUAAAUUUGUUCUAUUGCUAUAUUUAUUGCAACUGCCAAAUAUGUAAAUGAAUAGGAAGCAGAAAAUGUAUCCUCUUAAAUUUUAUAAAUUGUUAUCAUAAUUCUAUUUAUUAAACUCUGCUCUUUAUUUAUUUUUGAUAUAUUUAGAGGAUAUGCUAAAAAAUAUAAGGUAUAAUUGUUUACUUUGAUUCAUAAUAUUAUAAAAAUGAUAAAACCAAAUUCUCAGUAAGCAAAAUAUAUCAACAAUGUAAUUACAUAAUUGAAACUAAAAGAGAUUAGAUUAAGAUCGAAUUAUUAAAUUUUAAAAACGGCCUCAUAAGAAUAAAUAAAACGAUAAAAGUAAUUAAAAUUUUAUAAUUUAGAUGCAAUAAUUAAGCAAUCGUAAAUUAAAAUCUUCCCUCAUUAAAUAGAUAUAAAAAGUAUGACUCAGCUACAAAUCAAUUCCUUUUAACAAUUGAAUAAUGA